AUGGAAUACUGGUCAAUCUCAGUGUUAUCAAUCAUCAUUAAUGCUCUCAUCGGUUAUUAUCUCUUCAAAAAUUUCAACUUUUUUAAAAGACAUGGUAUCAUUCACAUACCAUCUAUUCCGAUAUUAGGUGUCAUGACACCAAUUAUACUUCGCCAAAUGUCAUUUGUUGAUAUUACCCGAAGAAUAUACAAUUUCAAUCGAUAUGCAAAGUACAUUGGAUUAUACGCCACAACGGAGCCAGUUCUCAUGCUACGAGAUCCGGAACUGAUCAAGGCUAUUAUCAUCAAAAAUUCCGAUAAGUUUAUUAAUCGUCCCACUUUCAACAAUUUUAAUGACUAUAUGAUUACGCAGAGUCUGUUUUCUUUACAAAAUACAGAGUGGCGAAACAUAAGAAAUUUACUAAAUUUUUUCUUUACAUCUCAUAAGAUGAAGACUACGUUUAAUUUAAUGUCGAAACAUGCUGCGGAUUUUGCUGAAACAAUUUCAACAUUACCAGCGGAUAAAAGUUAUGUAAAUAUAAAAGAUGUUUUCGAUAGAUAUACGAACGAUGUCAUUGCCUUAUGUAUUUACGGAAUGAAGAUCGAUUCUGUAAGAGAUCCGACAAACAAGUUCUAUGUUUGUGGCAAAGAUAUAACUCAUAUGUCAGCAAUACGCAGCAUAAAGAUAAAGAACGAGAUUGCCAUUCGCAAUGCCGAGCAUGUUACACGUCCGGAUAUGAUACAAUUGAUGUUGAAUAACAGAGGCAAAGAGGGUCAGAUACAAUUGAAUAUAGACGAUAUUUUCGCUCAAGCCUACACUUUCUAUUUUGCUGGCUUCGAAACUAGUUCAAGCGUGAUGUCUUUUAUAACAUAUAAAAUCGUGACUAAUCCAAGUGUUCAGGUCAAAUUACGACAAGAGAUAGAUGAGCUCUUGGACAAAUUGAACGGAAGCGUAACUUAUGAGGCUAUUAAUCAACUCAAAUAUUUAGAUGCAGUAAUAAAGGAAGCUCUCAGACUUUUUUCACCUUCUGUUGUAGAAAGAGUAUGUAAAGAAGCUUAUAAAUUGCCGCCUGCAUUGCCGGGCGAAAAGCCUUUUACUAUAUACAAGGGCAUGAUUAUAUGGAUUCCGAUUUAUGCAAUUCAUCAUGAUGACAAAUAUUACGACAACCCCAUGGAAUUUCGUCCAGAAAGAUUUUUAGAUAAUGAUCAUGAUCCUCCGUUUUAUUUUCCAUUCGGAUUAGGGCCGAGGAUUUGCAUUGGAAAAAGAUUUGGCCUACUUAUAGUCAAAGUAGUACUAUUUCAUAUAUUAGCGAAAUGCGAGUUGGAACUUUGCGUCAAAAGUUUACCAAUAAAAUUCAGCAAGAAACAUUUGAUAAUGAUACCAGAGGAUGGAUAUUGGUUGAAUAUUCAACGUAGAAACGACAAGAAUCCGAUGAAGAAUGUCACUUGA